GGGGAGCAUGCGUUGGAGUCUGCACGUGUUCGGCGAAAAACAGAGGAAAUUUGACUAAUUUCCCACUUAAUUGAUAAUGUUUGCACUGCCCUGUGUGUCUCUUUGUGGGCAGGUUGUAAUCUCAGGUAUUGAACUCCUGACAUGAUGAUUACAAGAAGAGAAAUUGAUGUAUUGGCGCUAGCUAACAGCAUGGGAGUUAGCGUUAGCUGAGAACAACAUGCCCAGACUUGUCCCUUACCGCAUACGCUGGGAGAAGGAAGGAAUAAGGACCCACAACGUUACAUAAUUAAGUCAAUUUUUUUAUGACAAAUACAAUGGAUUACCAGUUCCCAGAGCAACUUUACCCUUCGUUUUACAACUGCGGACCUCCAGACUUGGUCCUGAAACACUGUGCAGGAAACUGGGGCUGCUACGACAGAGUCCGACCUCAGGGUGGCUCUGGUCCUCUCUCCAGCUGGACCUUUACCUCCAGGCAUCAGGUCAGAGGGGAGACAUGGUGUCACACGGAGCCAGCACCAGUUCCCCUCCUGCACCCCAAAAACUCUGUCCUCUGGCCUUCGACGCCUCCAAAUCCGCAGGAUUUCUCAGAACAUAUGCAGAACUUCUUCAUGGACCACUGCCAGGACGCCUUCGGGAGCAUGAGCGAAAUUCUGAAUGAAGACUUAAUCUUCAAACAAACAACGAAAAAGAUGUCUCGCAUUGACUCCCUCUACAUGAGGAAAAUGGAAAGCCUCAUCAAGAAGGGGAAGUUGAAAAAGCGUCCGUUGUCGUUUCCCUCCAAGGUGCUGAGCGCGUACGGCUCCAUGCUGUCGGACGUGUUGCCCGCCGUGCCCCCCGCCCUGCUGGGCUCCCUGCUGUUCGAGGAGCUGAAGGAGCAGAGGGAGCGCAUGCUGUUCUCUGAAGCAGCCACAGGGGGCGCUCUGGCCUUCGUCCCUUUCUCACAGAGCAGCAGCGACUCUCAGAGCGGCUGCCUCCUCUACCCCGGGAACCAGGGGCUGGACUGCCUCAACUUCAAGAGAGUGGAGCUGCAGCAGCACAGAGGGACCCCCCCCUGUUUGAACACCAGCAGCUCUGAUCGGUGGAGCUUCCAGCUGAAGGCCCCCGUCAGACAGAUCAGCACCGUCUCACUUAUCAACAACUGUUGUGUGGCCGUGCGCUCGGAUCACAUGUGUGGAGUCUGGAGGUUCAGUGAAGGAAACAAGCCUCAGCUUAUGGAAGUUGUCAACACCAAAGAGGUCGCCACCUGCAUCAGUGUCAGUCCUCAUGUUCUAGGUGAAGUUCUGGUGGCGAGUGAGAGCGGAGCGGUAGACCUGUGGACCGUCGGCAGAGGGAUGCAGAGGGUUCGGGAGGAGGAGGAAAACCUGUACUUCAACGCUAAGUCGUCAUGGCGAUGGUGCGAGUUCUCCGCCCACCCGAGGGUGAUGGUGUAUGCAGACAGGACGGGGGUGGAGCUCACUGACAUCAGGGUGAGUCCUGUCUCAAAUCACACUCUGUUUCGUAUCAGCAACACCGCCGAAUGUCGCAGUGGAGAGAGACUCAUCCUGUCCAGAUACCUGGCAGACAUCCACCCCUUCCACCACCUCAUCACCACUCAGCACUCGGCCUACAUCAUGGACGAGCGUUUCCCCUGCGUGCCCAUGCUCAAGUGGGAUCACAUGAUGCAGUCUCCACCAAUGUUCUGUCACACUUUCCCUGGCUCCGCCUCCUCCCGGACCGCUAAGGUUCUGCUGGGCUCCCACAACUCUCAGGAAAUCACUCUGCUGCAGUACUCAGGAGGGAAAGCCGAAGCCUGUUCCAGUCGGGGUCCUCCUCAGGCGCUGCUCAGACCCAGAGACAGCCUGAGACACCUUCCUGUCCAACUCCCUCACCGCCUGGAGCUGGCCACCAGAAGACUGUCCUCACCAGCAGCAGGUCUGACUUGUAUCCAGAAGAGAGAAGGGGGCGAGGAGUGUAUCUGUAUCCUCCAGCUGACGGAGGCGGGGGAUAUUUUUUACCAGAUCCUGGAGCACGAGCAGUCGCACACCCCUCCACCAGCUCGGGAGAAAAACACAAAUUCAGAAAUAAAUCCAGCCCAACAACCACCACAGUCUUUGAGGCUCAUAUCGGAAACAUCGAGCGACGAAGACAUAAUCGGCCCGACUCAGACGCAGAGCUUUGUGGCUGAAACACAGGAGGAGGAACAGCCAGGACUGGACAUGUACGCUUCCUCUAACGAGUCCUGGUCCCCAAGAAAGUCCCGCUACAUGAAGAAUUUGCAGCUGCACGUCAAUGACUUCGACAAUGAGGAUCAAGUGAGUGGACUGGACACAGGUCAGACUGAUGAAACCGUGAGUGGACUGGACACAGGUCAGAACGAGGAAACCGUGAGUGGACUGGACACAGGUCAGAACGAGGAAACCGUGAGUGGACUGGACACAGGUCAGACUGAUGAAACCGUGAGUGAAGAAAAAGCUGAUAUUCCAGAGGAACCCAGCCGUGUGGAGGAAACAACAAGCGGCAGCCAGAAGCUCAGCGACGGUGUUCUGGUCACAUGGAAACAGUGGCUGCAGAAAUUGAUGCAAAAGAGUCACAAGAAUAAGCCCCGCCCACGGCGCAGGCAGCCCUUCAAAAUCCCAACUAAAGAACUCAUCUACCUGUCGUCUGACGAUGAAGCGAUGAGAGGAGAGGAUUCAGCGGAGAAGGAGCGCGUGGAGAACGUGAGGCGGGACCUCAGAGCGUGCAUGACCAACCGCUCGCUGCUCGUUCACAGCGCCGUGUCCGCCUCCCUCGGAGACCAGGAGGUGGUGGAGGUGCCCGACGCGGUGAAUACCGACGGCUGGGGGGAUCCGACGAGCGAGCGCCUCACUGUCUCCUGGCAGGGGGAGGGGGCCUGGCAGGCGUGGUGGGCGGAGAACCUGGGGCUGAACAGGGAGAAGAAGGUGGAGGCUCUGAGGAGGAAGAGGAGGAGGGAGAAGGAGGUGAGGAGAGCGUCCAGCCAGCGCUCGGUGCUGUCCAGCAGCUUCUGCUCGUCUCUGAGCUACCAGUCGGACCUGAGCGACUUCUCAGAUCUGUCCGGAUGGUCCUCGUCCGCCAGUUUGGGGGCGUGGUCCGACAGCGAGGGGGGGCUGUCCCAGGCGGAGGGGUCUGUAGGGAGCGGGAUCCUACGAGCUGCAACACCCUCCUCCAGUCAAACAGACCCCACGCCUCAACCAGGGAACCAGACCCCCACGUCUCAACGAGGGAACCAGACCCCCACGUCUCAACGAGGGAACCAGACCCCCACGUCUCAACGAGGGAACCAGACCCCCACGUCUCAACCAGGGAACCAGACCCCCACGUCUCAACGAGGGAACCAGACCCCACGUCUACAACGAGGGANCUCUCGACUCCACCCCGGCCACUGUGAGGAGGAUCAAACCCCAAGAAGACUACCUCAGCGCUCUGUUUGCACCGCAGGACGAUGCCUCGCAGCACGGCGGUUAUUUCCUGGAGGAAGAGAGCCCCGUGCUCCACGCUCCUCCAGCUGUGGCCUCGUCCUCCUCCCAGUCCGCCUCUCUGAGGAGCGUCAGGACCGGUUUCUCCCAGUCCCUCACCCCAUCCCAGAGCUCACAGGGCAGACCGUGGCUGUCCCAGGCACCACUCGCCAAGAAGAAAAAGCCUCGGAUGGGAUUCUGAACCAUUGGCUGGAGUGUGUCCGCCACACAUGGAGCGGAGCAUUUGGAAUACCUGUUCUUCUUCUUCUUCCUUCGAUGCAUCUGGAAUCAGAGUUUGUGAAAUGGAUUUAUUACGGUUGCAUUCACUGGAUCCAAUGGAUGAUGGACUGACUGGAAGAGCAACCAUGGCUCUGUCCCUGAAGACGAAGACGACUGUGCUUUGGUAGGAAAACAUUACCUUUGUUUUGUGACUUAUGGUUAACAAGAGAUGUGUGUAUGUUUGUGCGUCAAAUGGCGCUGCUGGUUUCACUUUGAUCCUUCCAUUAGACACUCACACAGCUGAUGUUGUUUCACUUCAUUCCAUAACACUCCGAGUCACAGAGACGGGACGAAACGACAUGGCUGAUGUGAAACAGAAGGAACGAGGAAAGACAUGAUAAGCUAACCCGAGGUCGAGAAAAAGUUUUGUUGGAAUUGAAAAUUUGUGUGUGUGUGUGUGUGUGUGUGUGUGUGUGUGUGUGUGUGUGUGUGUGUGUGUGUGUGUGUGUGUGUGUGUGUGUGUGUCUCUGUUUUUUUCUGUUAAUGAAAGCACAACCUGCACUGUUAAAACCUUUUGUAUGACGUUUUUUUUCUACAUCUGCUUUAAAUAAAACAGAAAGGAUUUAGUAGGAAGAUGUG